AUGGCGGCAGCGGCGGCCGGGGCCGCGGCGGCCCAGGAGAAGCAGUUUCCGCCGGCUCUGCUGAGCUUCUUCAUCUACAACCCGCGUUUCGGGCCGCGCGAGGGAGAGGAGGAGAAUAAAAUUUUGUUUUAUCACCCAAAUGAAGUAGAGAAGAAUGAAAAAAUUAGAAAUGUCGGGUUAUGUGAAGCUAUUGUACAGUUUACAAGGACCUUUAGUCCAUCAAAACCUGCAAAAUCUUUACAUACACAGAAGAAUAGACAGUUCUUCAAUGAACCAGAAGAAAAUUUCUGGAUGGUCAUGGUUGUUCGGAAUCCUAUCAUUGAAAAGCAAAGUAAAGAUGGAAAACCAGUUAUUGAAUACCAAGAGGAGGAGUUGUUGGACAAGGUUUAUAGUUCAGUGCUCCAACAGUGCUACAGCAUGUACAAGCUUUUUAAUGGUACAUUUCUGAGAUCCAUGGAAGAUGGAGGUGUCAAGCUCCUAAAAGAAAGAUUAGAGAAAUUCUUCCAUCGGUAUUUGCAAACGUUGCAUUUGCAGUCAUGUGAUCUACUCGACAUUUUUGGUGGAAUCAGCUUCUUCCCAUUGGAUAAAAUGACUUAUCUGAAAAUCCAGUCCUUUAUUAAUAGAAUGGAGGAAAGCCUGAGUAUAGUCAAAUAUACUGCCUUUCUCUAUAACGAUCAACUCAUCUGGAGUGGAUUGGAACAAGAUGACAUGAGAAUUUUAUACAAAUACCUCACCACAUCUUUAUUUCCAAGACACAUCGAACCUGAGUUGGCAGGAAGGGAUUCUCCUAUAAGGGCAGAAAUGCCAGGAAAUCUUCAACACUACGGAAGAUUUCUGACUGGACCCUUGAACCUUAAUGACCCAGAAGCAAAAUGCAGAUUCCCCAAAAUCUUUGUAAAUACAGAGGACACUUAUGAAGCCCUCCAUUUAAUCGUUUAUAAGGCCAUGAGUGCCGCCGUGUGCUUCAUGAUUGACGCCUCUGUGCAGCCUACGUUGGACUUUUGCCGAAGACUAGACAGCAUUGUGGGGCCCCAGCUCACUGUGCUGGCAUCUGACAUCUGUGAGCAAUUCAACGUCAACAAAAGAGUGUCUGGGUCGGAGAAAGAACCCCAGUUCAAGUUCAUCUACUUCAACCACAUGAACCUAGCGGAAAAAAGCACAAUCCACAUGCGGAAGACGCCCAGCGUGUCACUGACGUCCGUGCAUCCGGAUUUAAUGAAGAUCCUAGGCGACAUCAACAGUGACUUUACGAGAGUGGACGAAGACGAGGAGAUCAUCGUGAAAGCCAUGAGUGAUUAUUGGGUUGUUGGGAAAAAGUCUGAUCAGCGGGAGCUCUAUGUUAUUUUGAAUCAAAAAAAUGCAAACCUGAUUGAAGUAAAUGUUGUGUGCAUGAAGACCUCAGUGAGAACACAGCUCAGGACAGUGGGAACUGAGUCAAAUCAGGACAGGCCUCUGGAGCCCCUGGCCCACACGUCCAGGUUGCAGCUGGGGUUCUGUGCUCCACAUCCAAGCUCUCGAGAUUUUAGAAGUUGUGCUCCUAACCUUCACCUAAGAGGUCAAGAAACUUUGUGCGACGCAGUUCAAUAACAUAUUCUUCUUGGAUUGACUGCUGAUGGCUCACCGAAGCAUCUUUUAAAAAACAACUCAGCAAACGUUUUGUUUACCACUACAGGUUAUUGGUCAUAUUAUUGACUGGAUGAAUGACAAUAGUAAAGCAAUACUUGCUUUGAAGAAUCAAAUUUCUACUCAGUCUGAUGACCCCCUGAAGUUUUUAGAUUUUAAAUAUUUAUGUGGAAUUACUCGGUGACAUCCCUAUCAUUCCAUUCUUUUGACAUUAUGUGAAUAUUUUACUGGAA